CGAAGAUCAAGAUCUGCAGACAUGGCGGACGAAGCAACUAGAGCUGCUUUUAUGGAGAUUCAAGCGAGCAUGAUUGAACUCACUGGGAAGCUUAAGCAGGUACAGAAUCAGAUGCGCAACAAAGAGGGAGAUAGAAAGCGAGCUUUCUUAACCUUGGAAGAGCUGAGGCCAUUGCCUGAAGAUACCAAUACCUACAAGUCAAUAGGCAAGUUUGUUCUAGAGCCCAAGACAGUGCUGGAGGGUGAACAAGAGCAAAAACUCAAGGACAGUGAGGCUGCCGUUGCUUCUCUACAGACAUCGAAGGAAUACUUGGAGAAGCAGACAGCAGAGGUGGAGAACAACUUGAGGGAGCUGUUGCAGCAAGAACCGGGCAUUGCUCAACAGAUAAUGUCCAUGUCUAUGUAAUUUUUGUAGUAUCCAAACCUUGAACAAAAAAGUAUACUCAACUCUGAGUUUCGUUCUGCUUUGUUAGAGCUUUUGGGAUUGAAACCAUAAGAUGUUCUGUUUUUGAAGUUUGUAACAUUCACAAGUUUUUGUCCGAUCAGAAUUAAAUUAAAGUCUCUUGU